UUCGAUUUUGAGCUUGAUAGUGUUAUCCGUGAUCACCACAAUUUAAAAAUAGUAAAUUAAGUUCAGGAAUUUAAAAUAUAUAACCAAAUAUUAUAUAACCCGUUGCAAUUUCCAAUGGAAAAUACUUAUUAGAUUUGUGUAAGUUUCGUGUGGAGGCCCCAUGUUGUGGAAUAUACCAAGUGCCAGGAUCAUCAGCACUCUUUUGAGAGUGGGGAGUUUCCACAGCUAUGGACGUGCAAUCCCAAGUCAGUAUGCUGUAGCAAGCAGUUUCCACACAGAUGCAGACAGUUCAAACUUCUGUGCAUACACUUCCAAGAAAUACCACCACCACAAAAGCCCUAAAAAUGCACAAUUUUUAUCAAAAUCAUGGUACUGCAUCAUGGUGAUAGGCUUGCUGGGAGUAAUAUUUAACUGGAAAAGAACCAGCAAUAGCUUGCUUCCAUUGGUAAGUGCUACUUCUUAUCUAGUGGAAAGUGAUGAAGCCGAUGAGAAUGAGUCAAUCAAGAAUGACGAUGUGGCCGAAUUGGAUGAUAAAAAAGCAGCAAAACGUAAAAAAGAAAAUGUUGGAUUUCGCGAAAGAAAAAUAAUGGAAUACGAAAAUCGUAUCCGGCAAUAUUCGACUCCCGACAAAGUGUUUCGCUACUUUGCCACAUUGCAAGUGGUCCACCCUAAUGGAGACAGUCACGAGAUUUAUAUGACUCCUGACGACUUCUUGCGCUCUAUGACUCCGGGAUUGAGGCAGCCAGAUGGUCUGGGCCUGGACCAGUACAAAAGGUAUGAUCCAAAGAGUGCACACACUAAACUAGAACUAGCACUUGAUGAAGACAGCAUUUUCUACAAGUUGGGUAGUUCUGGCCUAAUAACAUUCUCAGAUUACAUUUUCUUGCUCACCGUUUUGUCAACAUCACGCCGUCACUUUGAGAUAGCGUUCAGGAUGUUUGAUCUGAAUGGGGAUGGUGAUGUUGACUCUGAGGAGUUUGAGAAGGUUGCCACGCUUAUCCGACAACAGACCAGUAUUGGCAGUCGCCACAGAGACCAUGCCAACACUGGAAACACCUUUAAGGGAGUGAACUCUGCUCUAACUACGUAUUUUUUUGGACCUCAAAUGAACCAGAAGUUAACCAUUGAAAAGUUUCUGGAAUUUCAACAUCAAUUGCAAAGAGAAAUAUUAAGUUUGGAGUUUCAGCGAAAAGGUCCAGAUGAGAAUGGAAAUAUUUCAGAAGCCGAUUUCACGGAAUUGCUUCUUGCUUAUGCAGGCUACCCACAGAAGAAAAAGGCACGAAUGUUGAAAAGAGUGAAGAAAAUGUUUAAGGAAAAUUCACUUGGAAUAAGUCGUGAUGAUUACCUGAAAUUUUUCCACUUUUUGAAUAAUAUAAAUGAUGUGGACACUGCCCUUACAUUUUAUCACAUUGCCGGUGCUUCCAUUGAUCAAGCUACGUUGAAACAUGUGGCGAAGACUGUGGCCCAUGUUGAUCUGAGUGACCAUGUCAUCAGUGUAGUUUUCACCAUUUUUGAUGAAAACUUGGACGGUCAGCUGAGCAACCGUGAGUUUGUUGCAGUAAUGAAAAAUCGUUUGCUGCGUGGUUUGGAGAAACCUAAAGAUACAGGCUUUGUGAAACUCAUCCAGUCAGUUAUAAAAUGUGCCAAAGAAACCAAACCAACAUUGCUGGACAUUUAAAACAACAAUGUUUUCAGUCAUAAUUUAUGAAUAUUUAUCUAUGAUAUUUGCUGUAAAUAUACUUAAUUUAUAUAAUGUUUAGGAAUAAUGUUUUUAUUGAAUAAAUGUUACCAA